AUACCCGUCAAAUCAAGUCUACAGGCACGUGAGAAAGGUGGUUGGUUGAGUGUCCAGAAUGUUCUUAUAUCUGUAUGAGAAAACAUGGUAUUCGAAAAGACUGGGAAAGUCACCAUAUCCGUAGUUGGGUAUCCAGGCUCAGGAACGGAUGUUCGUCAACAUGUUGGGAAAUCUUGUCUGAUAAACCGUUUUAUGGCACCAUACAGGUUCAAUGAAAACCACUUAUCAAUUUUAAGUUUAUCAGAUUAUGAUAGUGAAGUUAUCUGUUCAAGCCAUUGGCUAUAUUGGGGAGACAGUAGUGUAAAUGUUAAUGGCUGUAAACUACAUGUCCGAGUAAUUGAGCAGUGUGACUUUGUGGAUGACCAUCUUUUCCAGCCCCUUUUCGAACCCAGAACGUAUGCAGAACGAUGUUUGGACUUUAAAAUCACCUUGCAUUCAAGAAAGUUGUGCUACGUUUGCAAGGAGCAGCUUGGACACGAGUCGGCUUUUCCUCAGGUUUUCCUUGAGCCCACUACUUUAUAUGUUGAUGUCUUUGUAUGUGUAUAUGACAUGUCACUAUGUGGUCCUUCGGCCUUACAACAAGCUGCCUUUUUCGGUCAUGUCAUCACUCGUCUUUCGUCUCUUAAAUUUCCAGUAGUUGUCGCAACAUCUAAACAUGAUAUGAGUGUUUCUAGUCAGGCCUCAACUCUGUUUAAGGAUACACUCAGUGGGUUUAAAAAACAUUGGGUGAAAAAUAUGUGUGUCGUAGAAACGUCUUCACUUUUAAAUGUGAAUGUCAAAACUGUUUUUCAAUGUGCUGCAGUUUUUGGACAUCACAAACGUGCUAAUAAGUACAAACUCCAUACUGGCCUUUUACGUUAUUCACUCAGAAAAUCACCCAACAAACGAAAACCAUUUCCUAUGUGUUUCGGAAAGUCAGUGUGGUCUAGUAUACGUUGGGUUCAAUAUGGUACUAGUUUAUGUGACACAAACGCCCAUUUGACUAGCAGGGAAUCUCCAAAUGUUCGACAUGUAUCUUAUUUUCCCCCACUUGUACAAUCUCUUACAUUUCCUAAACAGUAUAAUAAACUAAGAAUUCCCGAACGAAUCAUCUUACCACAGGUUUGUUAAAUUAAUUUUCACGAAUGCCAUGUUUUCUUGUUGCUCUUAUUUUAGAUUGUUAUCAUUCUUAAUAAAUCCAUAUACUAGUUGAUUAUCAUUAUUUUUUUUCAAGAAAUAACCUAUUAAUAUUAUAUUUCAAGUGUUCAUCUUGUCUUUUCAACUACGUUAUAAUCAAUACUCACAUUUUUCUCAGUUUUGCACUAUAUUUGUGUAGUAAGUCUUUUCAUUUCUCUUUAUUAUUCUAGGCCCUCAUUCAUUUAACUACCCAGUGAAUAGUUUCCUACUAGGAGGUUCAGUUAUCGGUUUGGAAUACGCGGAAAAUUUAGUCCGAUUAAGUGAAGAUACUGAUAUUAUGUAGAGUCUUCUGAUCUCCUUGACCGACAAUACAAGCCUGCUUGGAAUGUGUUCCCCUCCUCUUAGGUCCAUACUUUUGCUCUAACUGUCCCUUCUGUAUUGCUACAAGACUAUAAAAUAUGGGCUAUAUAAGAAAAGCGUGUGCAGAAACUCAAGGUUUUCGAUCAUACGUUUCGUCGAAACCUUGCUCCCGUAUAGUGAAACGACCAAGUAAGCAGUACUGUGGUUUGACCCAGAGUACUAGGCAAUGGCGAACCGGUCGAUACGAUAGUGAAUCUUCAACUGGGAUGAUUGGGAUCUGUGCUACCUAUACCUAACCACUGCCUACCUCGACAGUGGAUACUAGCUGUUUGAGUAAGUUGGAAGAAAGCUAGGGGUAACAAAUUAAAAACGUGACAUCAGUUCAUGAACUUGUUGACCGUUAAUGUGAACCAUAUCGGUAGAUUCAGACAAGCUGGUUGGGGUCUGCGUGCUAACCGCGAUUAGUGGCUAGAGUCGUCGGGCAACAUGACUCAAUCGGUCACGAUCGUGCUGGUGUAUUCACUCCUUGAUUUGUACUACAUAUUAGGUCCUAAUAUUAUUUUUUAUACAUACUUAUCUGUCCUGUCUUUUCAAAACUUAUUCCUGAUGUUUGGAUUAUAUCGUUAUCAUUAAUACUACUCUAUGUCGACUCCUUUACUAUUUAUCUUGUUAAUUUCAUCUCUUAAGAUUAAAAUGGGUCAGAAGUUAUUUUUCUUUGUUUCGUUGUGAUUUGAUUAUUUUAUGUAAUAAGUCAGCGCAACCAAAUAUAGUAUAAUAUCCGUGUAUCUUUUGCUUGUGGUUAAUUACUUUCAGCUAAUUACAGCGACUUAUAAUUCCUAAUUACAUAUAAAGUAUUUCCAUGACUUCCAGCACUCGUUUUCGGAUCACAACAUUUCAUCUCAUUUUUUUCCCAACUUGUCUUACUAAAUUUAUUUAUUCUUUCUUAUAAGAUGAUUGGCGUAAACCAUCCAAACAUUCCUAUCACAAACCCCAAUUCACCUUUGAAAACGAAAACCUAUCAAAUGAACGCAAGUCCAUUUAGUGAUACCCAUUUUUCUGAAAACAGUACUUCUGUCCAAGAUAUAACUUUACCAAAAAUAAGUGAUGUAUGUGAUCUAUCUGUCUUAUUAACUCCUCCACCACCUCUUCUUCUACCUGGUCCAUGCAGUUCAAGUUCUUUUGAACCAAUCAAUCCAUCCUCCAUUGAAACUCGUAAAUCAGUAGCACUUCCCACCAAAUGUCCAGGCUUAUCUCACCACGUUCCUCCCGGAAAUCCGUUUGUAAAAAUCUAUGUACGUGGGCAGACAGAAACCUCUAGUUAUGUCGCAGCAGCAAUACGAGACCUUUGUCCAUUAGAAUUUUACAUUGAUAAAAAUGGACGUCAGUUUCGUGUCACAGUUCUUUCAAAUUCUCCUAAAAGUCUUCGUAGUCAAACACCUGUUCUCCUCAAUCCUUUACCGUUCUACUCAGAUCCUCCUAAUCGUCGUCCAAAUGGCCUAACGAUUCAAUCCGUUCAUAUAUCUCUGACAGCAUCACAGAUGUCAGCGUUCUCUGCCCCGAAUAAUAGUCUAUUAGGAAACAAUUGUAGUACAACCGCUGAUGACAAUCAUAAUAAUAGCAAAAAUUGUAGUCCAGUUGUUGAUUCAGUACAGGAGAAUCUAACGCUAUCACCAUUCAGUGUUGAUAAUUCAAUACCUCCAUGUUCUUCCCAAAGUUUCAAUGCUAAUCACUUGAAUACUUCGACAGAGUACUGUGUUUAUUUAUUCAUAUACAAGAAUAUUAACGAGCUCUUAAAUUGUUACGAACUAAUCAAACAUGAAACACCAAUUUCCACUGUCCAAAAACCGAUAAAAGUUUUGGCUUAUUUAUGCUGCAGUAAUUGUAACACUCUUGAAGAAAAAAAUGUAAUCCUCUCUGGACUGGUAGUUUCAUCCCGUUUUAGAAUACCUUACUUAGCUGUAAAUUCUGAAUCACUGGCAAUGUUUCUGGAUAAUCUCAUCCACUUAACAACUAAUACCCAAAUAGGAAAAGACCAAACAACAUAUACUUCCAAUUCUAAUAAUUCUUUUAUUGACUGGAGAAGUUUCAUAAGUCUUGAUUAUUUAUCCAUUCUUACAGAAUUCAUUUGUUUAUCAGAAAACUUUAUGGAUAAGCUAAUUACAGAAGAUAAAUUCCAGUUUAUCGGAUUAUUAACAGCUUUAAUUCUGUCAAACUGUAAUGUAGUGUCCGGUUGUACUGAUUUACAUAGUACAAACCGCAAGUUAUUCUUUGUACCUUCAACAAUUAAUUGCGAAGAUCCGCAAUCGUAUUGUAAAAGUAAGAAUUCCUCAUGCCUUUACGUGCAGUUUGUACAAUUGGACGAGGUUAUUGAAUCCGUUUUAUGCCAGUCUCCUACGUUCUCAACGGCUUAUAGUCCUCGUGCCCUACUUAUCCACUAUUCUUCAUCUUCCUGGUCUGAAGUUGGAAUCGAUAUUGAAAAUUCACUCAGUAAACUUUGCUCUGCAUUUAAUUUAAAUACUUUUAGUGAAUACAAAUUCAUUCCAGUGAUUUUACUUGUCGCGUUUCACUCAGGAUCUUCUCAACAAAUCCCUGUAGAAGCUGAAGGCAUUGUUCAUGGGUUAAAACUUAUUCAACGCUUAGCACAAGACUAUAGUUGCCCACUUCUUUUAUCAUCAUCAGAAUACGAACCAGUGAAAGUCCAAUUUAGAAAAAAUUCAAUCUCUUCUGGUGUGUCUACAGAAUGUGAAAGUGACCACAUAAAUAAUUUUUUUCAUCUCAACAUGUGCGAAAAUAUUCAGUCUAUAAAAGAUAGUGCAAAAUUUUCAUUGGGUUUUUUGUCAGUGUCUCGGUCGGAUGAUGUAAGAGCUGAACUGUACAAACGCGUUUUUGAAGGAGAAUUCAGCGGUUGGUAUUCUAGUUUCGAAAUGACUAAAAAUCUUUCUGAUAACUCAGUUUGUCCUAACAUCAUUGCCAACAAUAAUGAUAAUAAUAAUUUCUCAAAUACUUAUACAUCAAAAUUUUCAACAUCCUCAAAAUGUCACACCGAGAAACCACAAGUUGCACUUUAUUCUCAAAAUGUAAACUCUGUCUGUUCAUCAAUUCUCCAUAAUCCACGAAACGAUGUGAUUGCACUUCCUUGGCUUCCUGUUAGUCCAACCGAUGCAUUUAGUUUCCAAAGUUCGAGGUCACUUCCAACUACUACUCAUGCAAAUAUUAUUCGGAAACUUGACAACCAUAUGCAAUUGUCUCGAUCGAAUAUACUCAGUUCUACAGAGUGUGGUAUCCUACCAUCUACAUUAUGUGAACAAAUGUGUCAAGUGUCUCAGGCUGAUGUAUUUUGUUCAUUAUGUCCACAGUCAUGUCCCACAUCUGUCCCUUUACCCAGUAUUAAUUCUUCUGUAGAAGAGUAUUACGCUGAACUUCCCAAAGUAACUCAAUCAGUUAAUUUAGAAUUAGAAUCACGUCGCCCCCAUCCUAAUAGACCUAAAAGACCUCAUCCACAUACUGAUUCCGCCCAUUCUCACUCACCGUCUCCGUUGUUAUCCAACGAACAAAAUUUAUUACCAACAACCACAGCUGUCGAUCAAUCGAUAACUGACCUGUGUUCUAAAAAUGAACUGUCCCAUAUUAACGAUCACCAAACAUUAGAUAAUGGUUCAACCGUUUAUGCUGAAGUUAACGAUGCAUUUGUUUACAAAACACUCCCUUAUUGUUCUUCAUCAGGUUUUAUUCCUACCAAACUAUCCUCACAUGUAGACCAUUAUGAAUUAACAGAUUCUGUACAGCAACUCAAUAAUUUAACUUUGUAUCCAAAUCUUUCAUAUUCUCCUUACACCUCCAACAUCUGUGAUAAUACCCAUGUAAAUGGCUCCCCUGUUUUAAAUAAUACAAGCGAAAUGCAUCAUUCGACUUCGCGUUUGAAUCCAUUAUCAAGUAUCCUUUCGCAGUAUAAAGUUUCUGCUGAUACUUUUGGAAGAACUAGCUUGCAGUUUAAUCGGAGACUUACAAAUUUACCAGCUCUGCCUUCGAACGAGAUUUCAAUCUCAAUAUCAACUCAUUCAGAUUCAAAUUUCUCGUCUGUUCCUUUUUGUUGGAUGCCUACUCAAGCAAUACCUUCCAUUUUAUGCUCCUCUUAUUCCAACAAUUGUUCCACCUCAUUAUGUUCUUGGUCUACAUGUAGACAGCACCCAUUUACCGCGGUAAAUUUCAAUAGAUUCUCGAGAGUACCAAAUGUUUCAGCCUCUGGUUUGCAGUAUGCUCCAAACAUUUUUCCUCUCGAAUCUUCUACGUUUCUUGGACCUUUGACGCCCACAGAAUUUCCGUGCGAAUCUCUCCCAGUUUCUCAGUUGAACCAAAAAAAGAAAUCGACUUGUGUUGUUGAUUCAACUGUCACUAACAUAUCCCCUGUUACAUCCGAUUUCUCAAAUCAUCGAAAGCGAUUUCCACGGAAUAUUUUGUCUAGUGCUAUAAAGCGAUAUAAUAUUUGGUCACGAUAUAUGUUGAACAAUAGUCGUAACUCAAAAACUUAACUAUAUAUGGAAACAACAUCUACUGGAAUCUGUUCAUGUUAACAAAUACUGUAUUCUAACCAAAUAUUCUUCAUUAGAUUGUAUAAUGAAAUAGUUUUGUCGUAAUUAUCAGCUUCUAUAGAUCAGAUUGAUCAUUUUGACGAAUUUAUCAUUGUAUUAUAAUAUAAGUUAUCAAUAUCAGAAUUAUUCUCAUUAUACUCCGAGAUAACUUUACAUGUUUAUAUAGCUUAAUCUAUUUCUUUAUUAUAUAUCCUUAAUGAUGACACUUUUCAACAGCCAUCAUCUUAUAUUCUAUAUUGAAAUAAAUAUUGGUAAAUCACUUCAUGUAUUAUCUAUUCUUUAACUUUUAUUCCAAUUUGCAAAAUAAUCUUUUCAACACAUUAGGAAAUCAUUUAUUUUAAAUAAACUAUCUUUCGAUUUUUUUUUCUUAUUCAACGACAAUAAUUGUUCACUUCUCAGUUAAUUCAAUCUAAUAUAUACUAAUACAUUCAAUAUAAAGACUCAAGUUUAUUUCUUUAUAAAACCGGGCUGAAAUAAGAAAAUUUGAAUUUUGCAAAAUGUCCUAAAAUAUUACAACUCAAUAAUGAAUUUAUUAGAUAAUGUGAAUAUGCAUAAUGAAAACCAACA